UAUAACGACUUGUGAGAUUCUCGUUAUCUAAUAGCUUUCGAUAUAGGAGUAGUUAAUUAAAAGACAGAAAAAAAAAGAAAACAAACAUAUCAGUUAAUACAGACAUAGACUAUUGUGUAAUACGUUAGAGACACAAGCAUGUGGAACUAUUCGUUUAACUACCACCACCAAAACAUCAUUAGUUAAUGUAUUUUAUCCCAAGGGUGAUAAGCGAUCGAUCCAAAAACAUCAUCGCUAUGGUUACUUCAUUGCUAACAAAUGAUCUACCGACACAUAAAGGUCUGGUACAAAGACAUUUCAUGCAGUUGAAAAGAAAAGAAGCGGUUGUUGGUUGAGUCGUUAUUUCCUGACGUCAAUAACAUUGGCGCCUUUUUAAAUCGUGAAACAUGAAAUUCGAUGUACCCGUUCAUCGUAAAAAGUAUUUCAUUUUCCGCGCUAAAGAUUAUUGUUCCUUGAUGCGACCAUGCUUCGUCAUUUCUUGUAUAUUAGGUGUAUUUCCCUAUAAAGUCACUCCAACGAGCAUGAGCAUGUCAAAAUUUGGCUACCUAUAUUCUACGCUCGUAACAGGUCUAUACGUCGUUCACGUUUUCAUUGUUCUAUAUCAAACCGAUGUGUCCAGCGUAGUGAAGUACGACAGCGUACCGGGAAUUUUACAAGUCAACUUUUAUUUCAUCCUUGGUACCGCGGUAGUUGUAACCGCUUACUAUAACUUACGUCAUAGGUUGUUAUUCCUUCAACAAUUAUAUCUAGUAGCCUCGAAAUUACCCUCCGAAACCUUCAAUAAGCUCUCGAAAUAUAUUCACGCGAAAGAUAUAAUCGGUUUCUUCUUUUUGGUUGGACAAAUGCCGAACGUGUUGAACCGAUCUUUGGCCGUAACAUUUACCAAGUGUUCCUUAUUAUACGUGACAUUGACAGUUUUCAUAAUGGAUAUGCUUUAUAUGAAUUGUACUUGCAUAAUUAAUGAAUGCUUUAAGAGAAUUAACAAAAAUUUGGAAAAUCUUCAGCACGUUGUCGUGACUAGCGAGCCUCAUCUCUUGAGAAGGGUCUAUCAUGAAAAAAAGAAUCCUUUACUUUUAAUGGAAUUGAAGGCCAUUAAAAGGAGACAUCAAGAAGUCAGUGACGUUCUUCAACAAUUGAACUCGACUUUUGGCUCUCAAAUUAUUAUCACGUCUUUGAUGACCUUCGCGGAAGUAACUUUCAGUCUAUACUUUUACAUAUUGCAAACGGUCAAUAAGAAAGAAAUAAAUUUGGAAAAUCAAAUCUGGUAUGAGUACUUUAUAACGUCGAUAACAUAUUAUUCCAUCAAGUUAGGUCUAAUAGCGUGGACAUGCGAAAUCGCUAAAAAUCAGGCUGCCGAGGUUGGAAUUAGGAUCCACGAGGUAGUUAUCAAUACUAAAGACAAGGAUAUUAAAAACGAGCUGCAAUUAUUUUCCUUGCAAGUAUUGCAUCGUGAUAACACGUUCACCUCCAAGGGACUCACCAUGGACGCAUCUCUCUUAACAACGAUCGUAGGAAGCAUUACGACAUAUCUGUUGAUUCUAAUACAAUUUCUGAUUUCCUUACGCUCAUGCAAAUCCAACAACGCGACCAACGUAAUGUUUUAACGAGGAAAAAUCGAAGGAAGAAAAUCGUUAACAAUAAGAAAUUUUAACAAUAAGAUUUUGUUCUUUUUACGCAUGUGUGACCUUAUUGAUUCCUUUCACGGGUGAUUGAAGGCGCCCUGACAACUUUCUGGAUAACACAAAAGGAAUUUCAUUUUGAAUACUGAGAAUGUGUAAUAAUAGAUGCUGCUAAUUGAUGGGUCAGAUUAAGAAAUACGUAUUACGUAAAUAUAAGCGAUUCGAACUUCGUCCCUGGGUUCGGAGUAUUCGAUAAUAUAAUAGUUUGUCUGUUUCUGUACGUGUACUUACUUAUAUGGCUUAAAUAGAAAAAGUAAUAAUAUUUAUAUGUGAUAUAAUGAUUAAGAUAGAUUACAAGCGGCAAAGUUCUUUUUGAACUUGGGCCACGAUAUUCUUGUCAAAUGAUACAUCCGUUACGGUAAGGUAAACGUGUUUUUAACAAUCUAUACAUUUUUCUUUGACCCGGAUAAACGGGUCUCGUCAACAGUCGAAGCUCGUCGUUCCACUUUUUUAACGCGUGCUUCCGUCAGCCACGGAAUCCAAAAAGACUCACACCUCUCUUAUUUGUUUUCUUUCAACGGGAAAAGCGAUAACGAUAAUUUUUUCUUUCUCUAUCUAUCGGCAAUAACUCAAUUGGAUAACCGUGACAAUGUUGCAGUACAGAUUUAACCGCACUUUAAAUGUAGGAUCGAAACGACAAACAUACAUACGCACAUACGUACACGCGCAUAUCCUGUUAACAAAAUAAUAAUGCCGUUGAUAUCGCAAGUCGGAAGAACUCGGGAAAGGAGAUAGAGAAGCAGAAAAACGCAUUUUGUUCAUUCAUAACUAACGACGCAAUUCUUCGAUCCGUCCCUCUCAUUAUAAUCGCCGCGGAGAGACUUAUCGUUGGUUCAUUAUCACAAUAAAGGAUCACAUGACCGUCGCGAUCGUCGGGGUGAUUCCCACUUUUCCUUAUCUCUAAUAAGAAUAUUCGUUAGUUAUUAGAAUAAAAUAGAACGAUUUCCUUGUUGUAUUAUAUUUUAAUCGCAUUGGAAGACCCAACGAGCAAUGGUCGAGGCUCGAUGAGAUUUUGAUAUCUCGAUUGAAGAACGUCGUACUCGAAAUACUAUUCGACUAGAUUUACGUAUCGAAAUAAAGAAUUCUUUUGCUCGAUCUCUAUGAAAGAGCAUCGCGGGUCGUUGGUGCUCUCGCCGAAAAAUCAUGCGGUUCUUUCUAAUUUGGGCGAUAAGGAGAAGACCGCGAGAUCCGCCGCGGCGUAGGCGAUCACGCGACUGCGCGCGAGUCUUCCUAAGAUCGAGGAGGCGCCAGCUUUUAUUAUGAAGCGUACCCAGUGUCAGUAUAGCGCAGGCAGUCGCGCGAUUCGUUUCGUCGUGGAGCGGGAUACACUUUUUUUUUCGCGCCUUUGCACCAUUUUUUUUUUCUUCUCUCGGGUGCGUUCUUUACGACGAAUUAUGAAAGAGAAUUGGAGAAAGAAGAAGAUCGAUCGACCAUAACAUUAAGGAUUAUCGAUCGUUCGAUCAAGAACGCGUUGACCCAAGGGAAAAUAUUGUUGCUCGAAGGAGGGCAAAGCGAGGACGCGGCAAUGAGAUGCCAGUUACUUUUAUCGAGUGUGGAGUGCGUCAAAGCGAGGAACAUUGUUAUCGCGACAAAUAACUUUUCGAACUAAAUAUAUAAUUGGUGUGCUCUAAUGGACAAACGAAAUAUGCGAAAAGAUUCCGUCGGAUUUUUGAUGACAUCGGGCAGAGACCGAGCAUCGUUGAAUGAAUAACCACAAACAGCUGGAUAUCGUCGA